AUGGCGCCACUACUGCGGGGAAGAAUUCCAGUCUUUAUUGCGGCCGCCACGUGCGCAACAAUCAUUUUCUUAUGCGGCAUUCAAAUCACGCACUUCAGUGGUGGACGACGAGGGACGAGCUUCGAUGUGUCGGCGGGAUGCCCACAAUGGACGCCGACUGCGUCGCAAGACACGUUUACUGAAAACGAAGCUCCUGCACUACCGACAGUGUACGUGGUCACGCCCACGUACCGAAGGCCGACGCAGAUACCAGAUCUGGUACGCGUCGCCCAGGCUCUCAUGCUUGCCACUGAAGUGUUCUGGGUUCUCGUCGAAGACUCCACUCGUCCCACAGAGGCAGUGUCCCGUCUACUUCGCGACUGCGGCAUCCCGCACGUCCAUCUCCUGGGACCCUGUCCACCGGAGCUGCGAACGCGGGUCAAAGGUCGUGGCGUGUCGGCACGCCGUACGGCUAUUGCAUGGGUGCAGGCGAACGCCACGUUGCCUGGCGUCUUGUACUUCGCCGACGAUGAUAACAGCUAUGAUUAUCGGCUGUUCGACGAGAUCCGGUGGACACAGGUUGUGAGCGUGUUCCCGGUGGGAUCCAUGAGGAUCACCGGAUUCAGCAGUCCCGUGGUGGUGGACGGCAGCGUGGUGGGCUUUCACGACCCGUACCUCCACAAGCGACGCUUCGCCGUCGACAUGGCCGGCUUCGCCGUCAACCUGCGUCUUCUGAUCAACAACACGCACAUCUACAUGCCCCACAAGGAAGGGCGCCAGGAAACCGAAUUCCUCGAAAGCCUGAACAUAUCGAUUUCAGACCUCGAGCCACUGUGCGAGAAUGCCACAAAGGUUCUCGUCUGGCACACGCAGACUAAACCGUCUACGUUCCCAUCGGCGGCAAAGAUUAGCAAGAAAUAUCGGUCGCAGAAGACAAAUCUCAACGCGCUGAUCCGCUACAUCAACUAUUAGCGAUUUAAAUUACUUUUCAGUGACGUCAUUGAGAACUCAUGCCAUCUCAGGUGCGUGUCGAUUUUAUUUCGGGCUUGGCCUGUUCUUUGUAUUGCGACGAAGCUGGCGGGCUCUCGGCACCGAUUUCCGCGUCUGGAGAACUCUUCAGGAAAGGUCCCUCGGCUGUUGCUCAAGUUCCACGUGACUCAAUGUGAUGGUUCGACCUCUUCGGAUUCUGCGAUGCGUCGAAACGCAAACGGACAAUUUCAAGCCCUGCGCUGUAUUUAAUGUUUACCAAUAACAUCCUGGUAGGCAUAAUGGACAAACGUACGCUGAACAGCGUUUGAAUUCUGUAAAUUCUUCAAAACGAGGGUGCCAAAGCGAACUGGUCGAUGUGUCAAUCAUGCAAGGACGUCAUGGACUUUUGCAGAGAACACAGUGGCUGGUGCAAGACGUCGUGGUGUCAUCAGUGACCCAAGUGGUGUAGAAGUAGUUUCAGUGACCACUUCACAUUGCAUAUUCACAAGCCCAUGAUACUCCGUAGUGCAUAUUAGCACCACCUUCACCAACAUAGCUAACAAAGUUCGCAUCUUCUUUG